CUCUGAGCCCAGUGAAAGCAGCCAAGAGAGGAGGCGGGGCUCUGGCGAGUUUCCCCUUCCACCUUCCCCCACCCUUCUCUUCCAACCUCUGUAAGGCCCCUAGCUUGAUUCCAGCCUUUGCUGCAGCUGCUCUCCAGCCGUUUGCAGGACUCAAACAACUACAGCCGCUGUUCCCAACCAAGAUGGUGAUCCGUGUGUAUAUUGCAUCUUCCUCUGGCUCCACGGCGAUUAAGAAGAAACAGCAAGAUGUACUUGGUUUCUUAGAAGCUAACAAAAUAGGAUUUGAAGAAAAAGAUAUUGCAGCCAAUGAAGAGAAUCGGAAGUGGAUGAGAGAAAAUGUCCCUGAAAACAGUCGACCAGCCACAGGGUACCCCCUGCCACCUCAGAUUUUCAAUGAAAGCCAGUACCGUGGGGACUAUGAUGCCUUCUUUGAAGCCAGAGAAAAUAAUGCAGUGUAUGCCUUUUUAGGCUUGACAGCCCCACCUGGUUCAAAGGAAGCAGAAGCUCAGGCAAAGCAGCAAGCAUGAACCUUAAACAUUCUGCCUUAAGCAUCCUGACAAAGGAGUCUCCACUGCUUUUUAUAAAAUAGCAAAAUUAUCUUGGCUUCAAAAGAAAUAGGCUUAAUGUUGAAAUAAUAGAUAGUUGUUGUUUUCACAUGCAAACAAUCAAAAUGAAUACAUAAUUAAAAUGUGAACAUUAUGAUGAGGAGAAUGGGAGAUGAACUUAAAAUUUUAAGUAGGUGGAAUGGAAUCGUAUUGUUGUCUGCUAAGGCAUUUUAUUUACUUCAGUGAUUUUAAAAAGCAAACACCUGUUCCCUUUUUUGAUAUUAUUAUUGCAGCUUAAGUAUAUCUGUAGCUCUACUUUGAGUAACUUUAAAAGAUGAGCGAGAAAGAAUCUGUCUCUUGUUCCCAAAUUGCCUCAAUUUUAGUGAACAAAAAUAUGUACCUUUUUGAUGUGAAAUUAUUACGAUUAAAAGUAGUUGCAGAUAAUGUUUAUAUGUCAGACAUUGUAAUUUCUGAUGGUAAUUAUAACAUUUAUAUUCUUUUGUAGUUAAAACUUCUAUAUACUGAACCACAGGUUUUCUAGGCUUCUAAAUGUAGCCUUUCACUGCAUGUUUCAGUGAUCAGAACAGAUGACCUCCCAUGUAUUCCAUUGACAAAUUUCUUGCUUAACUACACAGCUAUGAUGCAAUCAUGUUACUAAGUUGCUUGCCCCAGUGAAAUAUGCAUAUAUAUUCUAUGGAAGUGGGAUGGCAAAUAAGUUAAAAAUGGCAUCCUUUUGCAAAGAGCUCAGACUUUUAAUUAAAUAUUUUAAAAUAGGUUGGAACUCAUUUUUCCCCUUUUAAAACAACUUGUGAUCAUGAAUGCCACUAUCUCUCAGAUAUUUGACAUUUUUGUUUCAGCUUAGGCAUAUAUUGUAUGAGUACAUUAAUCUAAGCAGAGAAAAUCUUUUCUAUGUCUCUAUUCCAGUGAAUAGCAAAAGUAUCAGAUAAAAGGAUCAAUUUAAAAAAUAUUAAUUUUGAAAACUUCUAAGAAGACAAGAAACAUUAUGGCCUAAAUCACCCAGAAGACACAUAUAUUGUACUUUAGUUCCACAUUACUAUUGUACUUUAGUUUCACAUUACUAAAAGCAAACACCUUUUACUUUAAAUUACUUUAUCAUAUCAUUUGAUGUAUGCAGGUCUGUGCUCUUUGCCAAAAUCAACAUACAAUGAAGACAUGGCUUUGUUUACUGAGAUUCAAACAUGAUGCAAUGCUUUAAAAUAAACUCAGUACUGUCAGAAACAUAA